AUGAAGGGAGAUUUAAAACGCAGCCUCGGUGACACAAAGGAGCCACAUCUCACCGCGGACAGCAAACGGCGUCCCACGGAACGGCUGCUAUACAGAGGGCCGGGGAAAAGCAAAUCCCCCCCCCGGGGUAUAUGGCUCAGCGUGAAGAAGAGGACCGGGGCAGGAUCUCCAGAACUGAGGAUGCUGCGAGCUCCGGGUGCAAGGAUUUCCCCGGGCUUUGCUGGUCGCAUUUCACAUGAAGGGGGGAACAGAUCCCAAACCCCCCCUCCUACCCUCCAAAAAAACCUCUACUUUACGCGAAAGGAGCAACGAAUAUCGCAAGCAACAGGUCUGGGUCUGGAACCGGCGCGCCGAUCGCACCAUCUAAACCCACCGAGACAAUCCGGCGAAACCCACCGAAUACCCCAACAAGACAGUCCGGCGAAACCCACCGAAUACCCCAACGAGACAAUCCGGCGAAACCCACCGAAUACCCCACCGAGACAAUCCGGAAAAACCCACCGAAUACCCCGAGACAAUCCGGCAAAACCCACCGAAUACCCCAACGAGACAAUCCGGCAAAACCCACCGAAUACCCCACCGAGACAAUCCGGCAAAACCCACCGAAUACCCCAACAAGACAGUCCGGCGAAACCCACCGAAUACCCCAACGAGACAAUCCGGCGAAACCCACCGAAUACCCCACCGAGACAAUCCGGAAAAACCCACCGAAUACCCCGAGACAAUCCGGCAAAACCCACCGAAUACCCCAACGAGACAAUCCGGCAAAACCCACCGAAUACCCCACCGAGACAAUCCGGCAAAACCCACCGAAUACCCCAACGAGACAAUCCGGCGAAACCCACCGAAUACCCCACCGAGACAAUCCGGCAAAACCCACCGAAUACCCCACCGAGACAAUCCGGCAAAACCCACCGAAUACCCCAACGAGACAAUCCGGUGAAACCCACCGAAUACCCCAACGAGACAAUCCGGUGA